GAUACUGUACACGGGUGUACACAGGUAUAAAAUAAACAUUAAUCUUACAUUGAUACAGCACACAAUCAGGCAGUGAUCUAACAUGUAAAAUUAGAGGAGAAACGGGCAGUUUUCUUAAGGAUAGCAUAAUAAAAAAUACUUCACAUACCUUUCUUGCAAGGACAAUCAUAUUUUAAAGAAUUUUCCACAAACCAAGAGAUUCUGAUUGUUCAGGACAAUGAGGACCAAUGAGGGGGAUGCGUUGAUUUCCUUCAGUGACAGGAAUCUAUGGAUCUCCGUGGCAACCAUUAUGUUUAACCCGCUCUUCUGGAAUGUGGUCGCCAGGCGGGAGUACCGACGUCAGACCGUAUCCAGGUUACUGGGGGGCCCCAGGAAGGGGUGUGUGGCCCUAGCCUUAACUAUUGUAGGGCUCGGUUUCUUCAGGGAUUGGUGGUUCAAGCUGGCCUGCGACAGUCAGCCAGAGUGGCCGUUCCUGUUUGACAACUACUUCCUAUGGCUGGGAUAUCUCUGUAUUCUGAUUGGCUCCAUCCUCGUCUUCUCCAGCUACUGGGCGUUGGGAUUCUACGGAACAUUCCUAGGUGACUACUUUGGUAUUCUGAUGGACAACAAGGUGACCCACUUCCCCUUCAACCUGAUCGACAACCCAAUGUACUGGGGGUCAACCAUCAUCUUCGGGGGAACGGCUCUCGUUAAGGCCAGUCUGUGCGGACUCCUGCUGACUUGUCUUGUUGCCGUCUGCUACAAAAUAGCCAUCCUGUUUGAAGGUCCUUUUACGACCGAGAUUUACAACAAAAGUAACAAGAUGGUGUAGGGAACAUUAAAUAUAAAGAAAAGGAAGGAAGGAUGGGGUGUGAAGAAUGGAGUGUGAGAAGAACAGAUAAAAGAGGAACAGAUGAUGCACAGGGGUUGUUUGUUAUCUCAUUUCGCUGUGUUUUAUUGUAUGUCAUUCUAUCAAGUUUGCGCCAUGUUUUAUUUCAAACUUAUUCUUUGUUUCAAAUAAAAAUGUUAUUUAAUUA